AUGUCUGGAAGACUGAAACCUCAAUAUGUCCUACUCCUUUGGAUUUAUUGCUUGGCAUUUGCAGAAGGGGGCAAGCUGUUGGUAGUUCCACAGGAGGGCAGUCAUUGGCUUAGUAUGCAUGGGGUCCUUCAAGAGAUGCAACGAAGAGGACAUGAGAUUGUGGUGCUUGCCCCUGCAGUGACUCUACAUAUCAAAGAAGCACCAUUUUAUACCCUCAUACAGUACCCAGUGCCCUCCAAGAGGGGAAAGUUGGAGUCCUACUUUCGUGAGAGGAAUCAUGAAAUUUUUGAGAUUACCAUUUUUAAAAAAUUUUUCACAACAAUAGAGAAAGUAAGAAAUGCCACAACUUUGUUUCUGUCUGCCUGCUCACACUUGGUUUACAACAAAAAGCUGAUGACCCAUCUUGGUGACAACCACUUUGAUGCUGUCUUCACAGACCCUUUCCUACCAUGUGGGCCAGUUGUAGCCAAAUAUCUCUCUUUGCCUGCUAUCUACUUUUUGCAUGGAUUGCCGUGCAGUUUAGACUAUGAAGCCACACAGUGCCCCAAUCCUCCUUCUUACAUUCCUCGAGGGUUCUCAGAGAGCACGGAUCACAUGACAUUUUUGCAGAGAGUUAAAAACAUGCUAGUUACUCUAUCUCAGUUCUUUCUUUGUGAUUUCGUGUACUCCCCAUAUGCACAUCUUGCUUCUGAACUGCUAAAGAGAGAGGUGACUGUUAUGGACCUUCUGAGCUAUGGUUCCAUUUGGCUUCUGAGAAGUGAUUUUGUAAUGGACUUUCCCAGGCCAAUCAUGCCCAAUAUGGUUUUCAUUGGGGGAAUAAACUGUGCUUACACAAAACCAUUAUCUCUGGAAUUUGAAGCCUAUUUGAAUGCUUCUGGGGAACAUGGAGUUGUGGUCUUCUCCCUGGGUUCUAUGAUCUCAGAAAUCCCAAUUACCAAAGCCAUGGAAAUCACUGAAGCUUUGGGCACAAUACCUCAGACAGUAUUGUGGCGAUACACUGGAACACCACCAUCUAAUCUAGCCAAGAACACCAAACUUGUGAAAUGGCUUCCACAGAAUGAUCUGCUUGCUCACCCAAAGACCCAGGCAUUCAUCACUCAUGCUGGUUCUCAUGGUGUCUAUGAAGGGCUGUGUAAUGGAGUGCCAAUGGUGUUCAUGCCUUUGUUUGGAGAUCAGAUGGACAAUGCUAAAUGCAUAGAGUCAAGAGGGACAGGAGUGACCCUGAAUGUCCUUGAAAUGACAUCUGAUGAUCUCAGCAAGGCGCUGAAGACCAUUAUCAAUGAUAAAAGCUACAAGGAAAACAUCAUGCACCUGUCAGCUCUUCACAGAGAUCAGCCUAUCAGCCCCCUUGACCUUGCUGUGUUCUGGGUGGAAUUUGUGAUGAGAAACAAAGGGGCCCCACAUUUACGUGCUGCUGCCCAUGACCUCAACUGGAUCCAGUACCAUUCCUUGGAUGUCGUUGCUUUCCUCCUGGCUAUUGUAUUGACUGUUGUACUAAUUACUGUGAAAUGCCUCAAGUUUUGUUUCCAGGAAUGCGUUGGCCAAAAAGGAAAAGCUAAGAAAGGCACCAAACCUAAGUCUCAUUGAGCCACACUUUAAAAACUAGAUGAAAUUUUAGUUUGUUCUCCUUAUGGUUUCAGAAAAUGGACCCAUAUGAAUUACAUACACACUCAA